GCUCAGUAAUAUUUCUACCCGUGCGCAAAACGUGACUAUUUAUAAAAACUUUUUAUAGACCAAGGAAGUGACUUUUGAAAGUGAUAGUGCAAGAAUACGAGCGUACACUCGGACUCUAUUAUCGUUUGUUUUGUUUUGCUCAAGUUGGUAGCACUGAUCGCGCGAUUUGACGUCAUCCGUCAUUGAUUUAUUUAUAUUUUUCUGAUUAGUUUGCCAAGGUUUUUAACGCCAAAGAUACAGUAGUUGCAGCAGUGUUUCGCCGCGGACUCUUUGCCAGUGAUAGCUAGAAAAUCCAGACAGUUCUACGCGUGCACUGUGAGAUAAAAUACGAAAACAGUGGCCUACGUGACUUCAGUGUUUGUUUUUUGAAUUUUACGUGUUUGUGAAGGCAAAACCAGUUUGCGAGGGCUUCUGUCUCUAUUACGUUGUACACGGAAUAUAACAACAUACUUUACAUGUUUAAAAAGUGACGAUAAAGUGGUGAAAAUGUCUUCUUUGGGUGGUCAGUGGAGGGUUAUCAGGCAUUACUUGUCUCUGAGCAAUCUGAAUGCAGAAGUUGAGAAACUGGUUCAGAAGAUCAAGCCAGCUUCUCCCGAGCAAUGGGAGAAUCUAAUCCGGAGAUUUGAGAAAGCAAUUUCAAUAAGAUUAUCGCAGGAAGUAAAAGAAAUAGACGCAGCAAAGGAAGGAAUUAAAACCAGCAGAUUGGAAGCAACAACUGUUGAAGCAGACUCAAAAACGAAAGACCUACAGAAAACUGAUAAGGCCGAUGAAAAGAACCAAGAGGGUUUGACGAUGGGCUCGGAGGCUAAAGAGAUCACCAUCGAAGGGUUUCUGCAAGGUUUGAAGCUGAAAAAAGACCUGCAUUUUGGGAAAAUCUCGGAACAAAGUUGGAAAUCGAAUAAACCUAUUAUAACUAAGACAUCAAUCCAUUCGCGAACAGCGUAUGUGAUAUCCGCAAUAGUGACCGCGGAGACAGCGGAAUGUCUACUCAAGAGGACUGAACAUCUGAUAGACCACCUGCAACAGUAUCCAGAGGCGAGGGAUUAUGCUAUUAAGGAAGGCGCAGUCCGAGCUCUCCUCAGGGUACAACGAAGGCUAAAAGAUGAAACGCCGAUCACUAAAGAAGUCGGAGGCAUUGUUAAUGAGGCGUUAGCCCUAAUGGGCUACACAGGCCCCACAAAAGGCCCAGGCCCCAACAUCCUGUCUAUCGACGGCGGUGGUAUCCGGGGCAUCAUCGCAAUUGAAGUCCUGAGACACCUGGAGAGGCUCACCGGUCGUCGAGUACAGGAUAUGUUCGAUUAUAUCAUAGGGGUCAGCACUGGGGCCAUUAUUGCCGCUGUUAUUGGUAGCGGUGUAGGGAACCUGGAAACUGCGAACCAGAUGUAUCACACGCUAUCAAAGAAAAUGUUCGGAAAUACGUCGGUGAUUGGCGGCACAUCUCGCCUAGUAUGGACUCACUCGUACUACGACACGGAGGCUUGGGAGAAACUGUUGCAAGAGAACCUUCAGGACUGCACUCUCACUGAAUGCAACAGGCGUAAUACACCUAAAAUGGCGCUAGUAUCCUGCGUAGUGAACACAGGCUCUCGUCUCACACCAUUCUUGUUCCGCUCCUAUGAGAAUGGGUUCAGAGUCCGCUCCGUGUUCCCCGGCACGUCGCGGGCGCGCGUGUGGCACGCCGUAAGGGCGUCGGCCGCGGCGCCGACUUACUUCAACGAGUUCAGAUUGCACGGAUUGUUGCAUCAGGACGGCGGCAUAAUGGUGAACAACCCGACAGGCGUCGGUCUCCACGAGGCGAAACUACUAUUCGGCGCGGACACACUCAAGAACGGAACAAUAAUCUCCGUAGGCACAGGACAAGCUUUAAACAAACACCUGGACUACCAGCUGUUGAGCAAGGGGCUAAGUAAAGACACGUCAGGGACAAGUUGGAAGGACAAAUUCAAUAAGAUCUUGGAUUCGGCUACUGAUACCGAAGGCGUGCAUCUAGUUCUAAACGACCUUCUUCCACCGGGAACAUACUUCCGAUUCAACCCGCCUUUAAUGCAAGAAUGUGCAAUGGACGAAAUCAACCCGGAAAAACUGGCCAACUUAGUCACAGACACAAACGCUUACAUACGAAGAAACCAACACAAAUUCGAACAAGCCGCCGCUAUGCUGAUCAGGAAACGAACCAUUACCCAGAGAAUAAUGGACUACGUACAUUACCAGAGCCAAAUUACAGGUGUAAUACAAAAUAACUGACGUUUAAGGAAACAGCAAGAUUACACUUGCUGAAUUUUCCAUGAAAUGAACGGUUCGAAUACACUCCAUAAAUGUUUGCAAUAAAACGAAAGCUCCCGUUGUAGUUUUUAAAAAGUUUGUGUCAAAAUGGCGGCUAAUCUAAAGAGCUGAAUCGUUUUAAAUGGUUUUAUAGGUUAGAGUGAAAGUCAGUGUUAACUUAAAGUUUUUGUAGAAAGUUGUAGAUGUUUAUAGAAUUAUAGAUGAUAAAAUGUUAUCUAUAAGUCUAGUAUUGUCGUGAUCGUAAGUGCAAUAAGAAAAUAAAGCAAAAACGCGGCAAAGUAUGCUCAAAAAUUCAAAAUGGCGUGUUGACGUCAAUUUUCGCGAUUCAUUUUGGCGCCUACAGUUUACAAAAGUUUUUUUUUAACACUUUGCUUAUUUGUACUUUUACACCAAUACUUUUUUAUAAAGAAACUUUUGUACAUUUGUUACAAAUAAAAAAAUCGUAAAAUUAUCGAAUAUUUGCAAUAAAUUUCGUUUAUUAUAUUAUAGACUUAGGGCAAGUGAAUAUUUGUUUAAAUAGUAUAUAAAUAUAUUAUUGAACAUUGACGUUUUUUAAUGUUGUUAGAGAAACAUUUCAUUGCAUUUUUGUAAUUUUAAUCAAUCGUUGUACCUUAGUAGUUAGUAAAGAAUACAUAUUAGAAAUAGCAAUACUUACUUGGAAACCUCGAGGUGCAGUCAGUGAUGAAAUGCAACUAAAAAUACCUACUUAAAACUCCACUAUCUUUUUUCUUAAAUUGCUUGAAUAGUUCAAGUAUUUAAGGUCUUUUCACAUUGACACUGUGAUGUUUACUUUAUUAUUUUCAUUUAUGUAAUAGUAUAUUGUAUUUAGAUUUAAUGAGUAGUUAUGUAUGUAUAAGGGUGAGAUAAAUUGAUCUAUAAAAGCGUUAUUACCGAAUCUAAAGAUUUGUAGAAGAAAUAUUGACACGUUUUUAAUACUGAUUGCAUCUUUAAAAGUUGUAAUGUAAUAUUAUUAAGAAUUAAAUAUGACUAUACCUGUAGAUAAUGUGUUUAUAAAUUCACUGUAUUCUAGUCAACAUAGAAACAUAUUAAAUAUGCUAAUACAAACAUUUUUUUUGUAAAAAAAACCAGAUAUAAAAAUUUAAAGUAAUAUUUUUUUUGUCUAUGACGUUGGCAGAAUCAUCGUUUUAAACGUUUUGGCCAUAAAAACAAUAGCUUUUUUUCAUAAAAAAGUUUUAUCACGGAACAUUACGAGAGGCUGUAUGAUUUUGAACCUUAGCCUUUUCAUAAAUGGACGAGUAUUGUAAGAUUUAAAAACAUAUUUUAUUUUUUUACAAAUAGGUAUGUUUGUUUCGUUAAAUAUAUUUAGAUUAAAUCGAUGGCUGUCAGAAUAAUAGAGUGUUUCUCGCACAAAGCUGUAGUUAUACUCUUUCUAUCCAUGCUGUCAAAUUAAUCAAGCUAUUUAACGAAGUAUAGCCAUUUCGUCAUUAAAUUCUUAAUAGUUUAUAGCCUAUUUUAGAGUAGGUAUAGAAAAAACUUGUGGAGUAGCUAAGCAUCACUUUCUAGUUCCAUUUAUAUUAUUAUAGUCGCUAUGUACGUCGCUGUACGUAUAAAUAGUUAGAUUUUACAAUUUUGUUAGCUAUCCAAAUGUGAUAUAAUAAAUGAAUAAUAACGUAGAAA